AUGAGACCUCCAUCCACUGCCCUUCUAGGAGCGAUCCUACGACCAGUCACCACGUGCAGAGCUCAAACUAGAGCUUCAUCUAAUGGGCACAAGGUCACAUUACUAGACAAGCUGCACAGAAAACAGAAAGAAGCUAUGAGACAAGAACGUCUCGCCUCAGUCCAGCGCGCUCGCUCGAACCCAGCUUUCGCCGCGAAAACUUCAGUCCCUACAGAACUCGUGUCCUCGUCUUCCGAAGCACCCAAUGGUACUAUGCAACCACCUGCAUCACCACCGAACCUCCCCUACACAAUCACCCGCACCCGCCCUGGCCGCCAAUUACCAGUCUACAGUCUCUCGAAAGGCGGCGGUACUAAACACAUCACCAGGUUAAGGAAACUAUCUGGCGACCUGAGCGCGUUGAAAGCCGACCUAACAAAAGCCUUAGGGCUGGAAGGUGGGUUGACGAAUCAGAGAGGAGAACACGUGGAGGGUGUGAGCGUGAAUUGGCAUACCAAACACAUAAUUGUGAGGGGUUGGAGGGCACCGGAGAUCAAGGCAUGGGCGGAGAGUAGGGGAUUCUAA